CAUCACUACCCAUCACAACCCAUCACUACACAUCACUACCCAUCAUUACACAUCACUAUCCAUCACUACACAUCACUAUCCAUCAUUACACAUCACUAUCCAUCACUAUCCAUCACUGUCCAUCACUACCCAUCACUAUCCAUCACUACACAUCACCACCCAUCAGUACACAUCACUAUCCAUCACUACACAUCACUAUCCAUCAUUACACAUCACUAUCCAUCACUAUCCAUCACUGUCCAUCACUACCCAUCACUAUCCAUCACUACACAUCACCACCCAUCAGUACACAUCACUGUCCAUCACUACACAUCACUAUCCAUCACUACCCAUCACUAUCCAUCAUUACACAUCACUAUCCAUAACUACCCAUCACUACACAUCACUACCCAUCACUAUCCAUCAAUACACAUCACUGUCCAUCAUUACACAUCACUGUCCAUCACUGUCCAUCACUACACAUCACUAUCCAUCACUACACAUCACUAUCCAUCAAUACACAUCACUGUCCAUCACUAUCCAUCACUGUCCAUCACUACCCAUCACUAUCCAUCACUACACAUCACUAUCCAUCACUACACAUCACUGUCCAUCACUACACAUCACUAUCCAUCACUACCCAUCACUACACAUCACUACCCAUCACUAUCCAUCACUACACAUCACUGUCCAUCAUUACACAUCACUGUCCAUCACUGUCCAUCACUACACAUCACUAUCCAUCAUUACACAUCACAAUCCAUCACUAGACAUUACUGUCCAUCACUACACAUCACUAUCCAUCACUAUCCAUCACUACAGAUCACUGUCCAUUACUACACAUCACUAUCCAUCAUUACACAUAACUAUCCAUCAUUACACAUCACUGUCCAUCACUGCACGUUACUAUCCAUCACUACACAUCACUGUCCAUCACUACACAUAACUAUCCAUCACUUCACAUUACUGUCCAUUACUACACAUCACUAUCCAUCACUGCACAUCACUGUCCAUUACUACACAUCACUGUCCAUCACUACACAUCACUAUCCAUCACUACACAUCACUGUCCAUCACUACACAUCACUAUCCAUCAUUACACAUCAUUGUCCAUCACUGUCCAUCACUACACGUUACUAUCCAUCACUACACAUCACUGUCCAUCACUACACAUCACUAUCCAUCACUUCACAUUACUGUCCAUUACUACACAUCACUAUCCAUCACUGCACAUCACUGUCCAUUACUACACAUCACUGUCCAUCACUACACAUUACUAUCCAUCACUACACAUCACUGUCCAUCACUACACAUCACUAUACAUCACCAUCCAUCACGACACAUCACUGUCCAUUACUAGACAUCACUGUCCAUCACUACACAUCACUCUCCAUCACUACACAUCAGUCCAUCACUACACAUCACUAUACAUCACUAUACAUCACCAUCCAUCACUACACAUCACUGUCCAUUACUACACAUCACUCUCCAUCACUACACAUCACUAUCCAUCACUUCACAUUACUGUCCAUUAAUACACAUCACUAUACAUCACUUUCCAUCACUAUACAUCACCAUCUAUCACUACACGUCACUGUCCAUCACUACACAUCACUAUCCAUCACUUCACAUUACUGUCCAUUACUACACAUCACUAUCCAUCACUGCACAUCACUGUCCAUUACUACACAUCACUGUCCAUCAUUACACAUCACUAUCCAUCACUACACGUCACUGUCCAUCACUACACAUCACUAUACAUCACUGUCCAUCACUAUACAUCAUCAUCCAUCACUACACAUCACUGUCCAUUACUACACAUCACUGUCCAUCACUACACAUCACUAUCCAUCACUUCACAUUACUGUCCAUUAAUACACAUCACUAUACAUCACUGUCCAUCACUAUACAUCACCAUCCAUCACUACACAUCACUGUCCAUUACUACACAUCACUGUCCAUCACUACACAUCACUAUCCAUCACUUCACAUUACUGUUCAUUACUACACAUCACUAUCCAUCACUGCACAUCACUGUCCAUUACUACACAUCACUGUCCAUCACUGCACAUCACUAUCCAUCACUACACAUCACUGUCCAUCACUAAACAUCACUAUACAUCACUGUCCAUCACUAUACAUCACCAUCCAUCACUACACAUCACUGUCCAUUACUACACAUCACUGUCCAUCACUACACAUCACUAUCCAUCACUUCACAUUACUGUCCAUUACUACACAUCACUAUCCAUCACUGCACAUCACUGUCCAUUACUACACAUCACUGUCCAUCACUACAAAUCACUAUCCAUCACUACACAUCACUGUCCAUCACUACACAUCACUAUCCAUCAUUACACAUCAUUGUCCAUCACUGUCCAUCACUACACGUUACUAUCCAUCACUACACAUCAUUGUCCAUCACUACACAUCACUAUCAAUCACUUCACAUUACUGUCCAUUACUACACAUCACUAUCCAUCACUGCACAUCACUGUCCAUUACUACACAUCACUGUCCAUCACUACACAUCACUAUCCAUCACUACACAUCACUGUCCAUCACUACACAUCACUAUACAUCACUGUCCAUCACUAUACAUCACCAUCCAUCACGACACAUCACUGUCCAUUACUAGACAUCACUGUCCAUCACUACACAUCACUCUCCAUCACUACACAUCAGUCCAUCACUACACAUCACUAUACAUCACUAUACAUCACCAUCCAUCACUACACAUCACUGUCCAUUACUACACAUCACUCUCCAUCACUACACAUCACUAUCCAUCACUUCACAUUACUGUCCAUUAAUACACAUCACUAUACAUCACUUUCCAUCACUAUACAUCACCAUCUAUCACUACACGUCACUGUCCAUCACUACACAUCACUAUCCAUCACUUCACAUUACUGUCCAUUACUACACAUCACUAUCCAUCACUGCACAUCACUGUCCAUUACUACACAUCACUGUCCAUCACUACACAUCACUAUCCAUCACUACACAUCACUGUCCAUCACUACACAUCACUAUACAUCACUGUCCGUCACUAUACAUCAUCAUCCAUCACUACACAUCACUGUCCAUUACUACACAUCACUGUCCAUCACUACACAUCACUAUCCAUCACUUCACAUUACUGUCCAUUACUACACAUCACUAUCCAUCACUGCACAUCACUGUCCAUUACUACACAUCACUGUCCAUCACGGCACAUCACUAUCCAUCACUACACAUCACUGUCCAUCACUACACAUCACUAUACAUCACUGUCCAUCACUAUACAUCACCAUCCAUCACUACACAUCACUGUCCAUUAGUACACAUCACUGUCCAUCACUACACAUCACUAUCCAUCACUUCACAUUACUGUCCAUUACUACACAUCACUAUCCAUCACUGCACAUCACUGUCCAUUACUACACAUCACUGUCCAUCACUACACAUCACUAUCCAUCAUUACACAUCAUUGUCCAUCACUGUCCAUCACUACACGUUACUAUCCAUCACUACACAUCAUUGUCCAUCACUACACAUCACUAUCAAUCACUUCACAUUACUGUCCAUUACUACACAUCACUAUCCAUCACUGCACAUCACUGUCCAUUACUACACAUCACUGUCCAUCACUACACAUCACUAUCCAUCACUACACAUCACUGUCCAUCACUACACAUCACUAUACAUCACUGUCCAUCACUAUACAUCACCAUCCAUCACGACACAUCACUGUCCAUUACUAGACAUCACUGUCCAUCACUACACAUCACUCUCCAUCACUACACAUCAGUCCAUCACUACACAUCACUAUACAUCACUAUACAUCACCAUCCAUCACUACACAUCACUGUCCAUUACUACACAUCACUCUCCAUCACUACACAUCACUAUCCAUCACUUCACAUUACUGUCCAUUAAUACACAUCACUAUACAUCACUUUCCAUCACUAUACAUCACCAUCUAUCACUACACGUCACUGUCCAUCACUACACAUCACUAUCCAUCACUUCACAUUACUGUCCAUUACUACACAUCACUAUCCAUCACUGCACAUCACUGUCCAUUACUACACAUCACUGUCCAUCACUACACAUCACUAUCCAUCACUACACGUCACUGUCCAUCACUACACAUCACUAUACAUCACUGUCCGUCACUAUACAUCAUCAUCCAUCACUACACAUCACUGUCCAUUACUACACAUCACUGUCCAUCACUACACAUCACUAUCCAUCACUUCACAUUACUGUCCAUUAAUACACAUCACUAUCCAUCACUGCACAUCACUGUCCAUUACUACACAUCACUGUCCAUCACGGCACAUCACUAUCCAUCACUACACAUCACUGUCCAUCACUACACAUCACUAUACAUCACUGUCCAUCACUAUACAUCACCAUCCAUCACUACACAUCACUGUCCAUUAGUACACAUCACUGUCCAUCACUACACAUCACUAUCCAUCACUUCACAUUACUGUCCAUUACUACACAUCACUAUCCAUCACUACACAUCACUGUCAUUACUACACAUCACUGUCCAUCACUACACAUCACUAUCCAUCACUACACAUCACUGUCCAUCACUACACAUCACUAUACAUCACUGUCCAUCACUAUACAUCACCAUCCAUCACUACACAUCACUGUCCAUUACUACACAUCACUGUCCA